AGAAGACGGCUGAUCCCGGACGCAGGGUCUUUUCUCUGGGCUUGUUUGAAUGUGCCGGACCCCCCUCCACCUCCACCUCCACCACCACCACCCCUUCCCCAGUCCCACCCACUGCUCUGCAACACAAACACACCACCAGUCCUCAUUUACUGGAUCUCUGCUCUUUGUUAUCAGUCUUUUCCCCUCCCUGUGCUUUUUUAUUCCAGGAGAAAAAGAGAGCAAGAAAGAGUGAGUGUGAAAGAGGAGGAGGGAGUUUAUUGUUUCUUGUUUUUCUCCUCUUCCCUUUUUGUUGUUGCACGGAUUGAUUUCUGACUUGAAUCUUGGACCCGGUGUUUUUCUAUCCUCGGGGCUGUCGCUGCUGCAGGACCACAGCUGAUGCUUGCACCAAUGUAAUUAGUGUCCAAAAAAAGAAAGAAAGAAAGAAAGAAGAGACGGAACAAACAAAUAAAAGGAAGAUUUUUCUCCAGCAGUCUAAGGUGGUCUGUCAAUCAUUUUAAUUCCACCACCACUGCAGUUGUCAAGUUGGAGCCCUGCAGGGAAAUGGACAAACCCCUCUGAGCUGCAGACUCUGCCUCACUAACACAACCACAGGACGGACAAGGAUCCCCCCAUUUCUCCUCCUCCUCCUCCCUCCGCCGCCUCGACUGGAGCGUGAAGCCACCAGAACAUGUUUACCGCCUUGUUUCCAUGGUAACCGAGAGGAGCAUGCACGUCAAGGACAGGAGUUAACCUCAGCGUUUACCUUCCUCCACCUUCCUCCUGAGAGAACUACACUACCCACAAUUCCUGUGAACUGACGAGCCAAGACUGACAUAUAGAUCAGUUUAAAUUAGGAAAAAAAAAAAAGACACUCACUACUAAAACAAGAACAACAACACUGCUGUGAAGAAGAUCAACAUGGCCAACAACACGGCAGACCACCCUCCGGGGAAUUCGGUUGCAGAAGGCAACCAUGAUGGGGACUUUGGGGUGUCCGUGACGGACCUGAGGGACCUGAUGGAGCUGCGGAGCGGCGAGGCCGUCAACAAAAUACGGGACACGUACGGAGACGUGCAGGGAAUCUGCCGCCGCCUGAAAACAUCGCCUAUAGAAGGUCUUUCUGGAAACCCCGUCGAUCUGGAGAAACGUCACACGUCGUAUGGACAGAACUUCAUUCCCCCAAAGAAGGCCAAGACGUUCCUGCAGCUCGUGUGGGAGGCUCUGCAGGACGUCACGCUUAUAAUCCUGGAAAUCGCUGCCAUCAUCUCGCUGGGCUUGUCCUUCUACCAUCCACCAGGGGGCGACGCUGAAGCAUGUGGUCAGUCUUCGGGCGGCGCGGAAGACGAGGGCGAGGCCCAGGCCGGCUGGAUCGAGGGCGCCGCCAUCCUGUUCUCGGUCAUCAUCGUGGUUCUGGUGACGGCCUUCAACGACUGGUCAAAGGAGAAGCAGUUCCGUGGGCUUCAGAGUCGUAUCGAGCAGGAGCAGAAGUUCACCGUCAUCCGCAAAGGCCAGGUCAUCCAGAUCCCCGUGGCCGAGUUAGUGGUGGGAGACAUCGCUCAGAUCAAAUACGGCGACCUGCUGCCCACUGACGGGAUUCUGAUCCAAGGCAACGAUCUGAAGAUUGACGAGAGCUCUCUGACAGGAGAGUCCGACCAGGUCCGCAAAUCUAUGGAGAAGGACCCCAUGCUGCUGUCCGGGACCCACGUGAUGGAGGGAUCAGGCAGGAUGUUGGUGUCAGCCGUCGGCCUCAACUCUCAAACCGGCAUCAUCUUCACCCUUCUGGGCGCCAGCGAGCACGACGAAGAGAAGAAGGUCAAGAAAAGUAAAAAACAAGGACCCCCCGAAAAUCGCAACAAAGCCAAGACCCAGGAUGGCAUCGCCCUGGAGAUCCAGCCGCUGAAGAGCGAGGAGGCCGCCGAGUCGGAGGAGAAGGAGGAGAAAGAGGAGGUCAAAGUGGUUAAGAAGAAAGUCAAUGUGACCAAGAAGGAGAAGUCCGUGCUGCAGGGCAAACUGACCAGACUGGCCGUGCAGAUCGGGAAGGCUGGUCUAAUCAUGUCGGCCGUGACCGUCAUCAUCCUCAUCCUCUACUUCGUGAUCCACACCUUCGCGAUCCAGGGUCGGACCUGGGUGGCCGAGUGCACUCCCAUCUACAUCCAGUACUUUGUCAAGUUCUUCAUCAUCGGUGUGACUGUGCUGGUGGUGGCCGUUCCUGAGGGUUUGCCGCUCGCCGUCACCAUCUCUCUGGCCUACUCUGUCAAGAAAAUGAUGAAGGAUAACAACCUGGUGCGUCACCUGGAUGCGUGCGAGACCAUGGGCAACGCCACGGCCAUCUGCUCCGACAAGACGGGAACGCUAACCAUGAACCGCAUGACUGUGGUGCAGGCGUUUAUCGGCGACACACACUACAAGACGGUCCCCGAACCGGACGCCAUCAAAGCAGAGACUCUAGAAGUUAUGGUCAACAGCAUCUCCAUCAACUCUGCGUACACCACUAAAAUCCUGCCUCCAGAGAAAGAAGGCGGCCUGCCUCGCCACGUGGGAAACAAGACCGAGUGCGCUCUGCUGGGUAUGGUGCUGCAAAUGAAGAGGGACUACCAGCCAAUCAGAGACGAGAUCCCCGAAGAGAAACUCUACAAGGUUUACACAUUCAACUCCUCCCGCAAGUCCAUGAGCACGGUGCUGAAGAACGCCGACGGCGGCUUCCGCAUGUACAGCAAGGGAGCGUCAGAGAUCGUCCUGAGGAAAUGCUCCCGUAUCUUGGACGCCCAGGGCCAGGCCCGCAUCUUCAAGCCCAAGGACCGUGACGAGAUGGUGCACAAGGUGAUCGAGCCGAUGGCGUGCGACGGGCUGAGAACCAUCUGCGUGGCCUACAGGGAUUUCCCCGCUGAAGCCGGAGAGCCCAACUGGGACAAUGAGAACGACAUCCUGAACGAGCUCACCUGCAUCGUCGUGGUCGGGAUCGAGGACCCCGUCAGACCCGAGGUACCUGAAGCUAUUUCUAAGUGCCAGCGUGCCGGCAUCACUGUGCGUAUGGUGACUGGAGACAACAUCAACACCGCCCGCGCCAUUGCAUCAAAGUGUGGUAUCCUGCUGCCCGGGGAGGACUUCCUGUGUUUGGAGGGCAAAGAGUUCAACCAGCAGAUCCGAAACGACCAGGGAGAGGUGGAACAAGAGCGUCUGGAUAAAGUUUGGCCCAAACUACGUGUGCUGGCUCGUUCCUCACCGACAGACAAACACACUCUGGUCAAAGGCAUCAUUGACAGCACGGUGGGAGAAACCCGACAGGUGGUGGCAGUGACUGGAGACGGAACCAACGACGGGCCCGCCCUCAAGAAAGCUGAUGUCGGCUUUGCAAUGGGAAUCGCCGGCACAGAUGUGGCAAAGGAGGCAUCUGACAUCAUCCUGACCGACGACAACUUCACCAGCAUCGUCAAAGCCGUCAUGUGGGGCAGGAACGUCUACGACAGCAUCUCCAAAUUCCUGCAGUUCCAGCUGACCGUCAACGUGGUGGCCGUUAUCGUGGCGUUCACCGGCGCUUGCAUCACACAGGAUUCCCCUCUGAAGGCCGUCCAGAUGCUGUGGGUCAACCUCAUCAUGGACACUCUGGCGUCUCUCGCUCUGGCCACCGAACCGCCGACUGAAUCUCUGCUGCUUCGUAAACCGUACGGCCGCAACAAGCCUCUCAUCUCCAGGACCAUGAUGAAGAACAUCCUGGGCCACGCCGUCUAUCAGCUUGUCAUCAUCUUCACCCUCCUCUUCGCCGGUGAGAACUUCUUCGACAUCGACAGCGGCCGUAACGCGCCCCUCCACUCACCGCCGUCGGAGCAUUACACCAUUGUGUUCAACGUGUUCGUCAUGAUGCAGCUCUUCAACGAAAUCAACGCCAGGAAGAUCCACGGAGAGAGGAACGUGUUUGAGGGCAUCUACAGGAACCCCAUCUUCUGCAGCGUCGUACUGGGCACCUUCAUCCUGCAGAUCAUCAUCGUUCAGUUCGGAGGGAAGCCGUUCUCCUGCACAGCUUUGACAAUCGACCAGUGGCUGUGGUGUGUGUUCAUCGGUGUGGGAGAGCUGCUGUGGGGACAGCUGAUCUCGGCCGUCCCGACCCACCACCUGAAGUUCCUGAAGGAGGCCGGUCACGGCAUCACGAAAGAGGAGAUGCCCGAGGAGGAUCUGACGGAGGGCGCCGAUGAGAUCGACCACGCUGAGAUGGAGCUGAGGAGAGGCCAGAUCCUCUGGUUCAGAGGUUUGAACCGCAUCCAGACGCAGAUUAAGGUGGUGAACGCAUUCCGUAGCUCCCUGUACGAGGGGCUGGAGAGCCCAGAGUCCCGUAGCUCCAUCCACAGCUUCAUGGCCCAUCCCGAGUUCGUCCCCUUGUCCGAGGAGGAGGCCCGCAUCCCCUCCAUCGAAGAGAGCGGAGAAGAGAUCGACACCCUCCCCAGCGCCUCCUCUGAGGCGGGGGGAGGAGGAGAGCCACCCAGCGCCUUCCCCCAUAGCUGCGAGUUAUCCAUCUGAGCUCUCCACUCCUCCUCUUCCUCCUCCUCCUCCUUCGCCUCCCUCCUCUCCAUCAGCAUCAUCUGUCAUCCCACCAACUGAACUGUCACACUGAGGAGGGAAGUCAUCGCUCUGCUCAUCCCCUCGUUCUGCACACACACACCAAACACAUGCUUCAUAUCGUCUUCACCCGCCCCCUCCGCACCCUCAAUCAUUCCUGCCACGUUGCGUUUUUCAUACUGACUGUGGCGUCGUUCUGCCUGUAAGUGUGUCCCUCCUCCUCCUCCUCCUCUUCCUCCACCACCGCACGCAUGAAUCAGUAGAGUGUGGAGUCCAGAGAGUCUCCGCAGCAGAAAAGGCCUGUCCUUGUCCAUUCAUGUAUAUUUUUUACUUAAUGAUCCUUUUUUGGAAAAGCUUUUAAACUUUUUUUUGUUGUUGGGUUUGAUCUUUUUUUUUUUUUUUGCGGGACUAGCAGCAGCAUGUCGUGUUUCUGUACUCGCUUCAUUCCUGCGUAACCCUCUUCGAGAAAAAAAAAAAAACGGCACAGAACUUUUCAAAGAGUGCAGUGAUUCUCAUGUACAUACGCUUUACGCUCUUUUACACAGCUAACAGCCAGGUUUGGUGAUCAGAAGAUUUUUAGACAAAAGCAAAAAUAAUGUAACCUUUCUUUUCUCUUUUUUUUCUCUUUUAAUUAUAAUUGUUUUUGUUUCUAAAACCUCUAACGAAUGUUUAAUUGAUGGUUAUUAAUUGAAAAUCCUGAGAAUGUCUUGUGAGUGUGACACUACAGUCGACAAGGUUCAAACUGUUUUAAAAAGAAAAAAAAGUUCUUCCCUUGUUGUGUCUCUAUGUGUUGGUUUUUUUUUUUCUUUUUAGCUGCUGUGUUGCAUGUUGGAAGGACAGAAUGUUUACUACCCGAUAAAAUAUCCACCAUGGCGGCAUCCAGAGAGGGCUCGCUUUCUGCUCCGUGCGUGUCUGACCUCAUCUCAUCCAGUCAGGGUUCUGGUUCUCUCUGCCCCCCUACCACUUUACCCCUUUACCCCACUUCUUCUUUGUACGUCCACAGUGUCAGUAGGAAACAGAAGUGUGAGGAGUUCAUGUUUCCCCCUCCCCUCUAGUAGGAUGCAUGUUAUGUUUCAUUCGUGUUGAGUCGCAUGAUGAUAACUUAGGAAUGAAUAUUUGAGAUUCUGUUUAGACGACCAUCGAUGUGUUAGUCUGCAGCAGCGUCUGUCCAGAGCUCUGUGAUGAACUUCCUGUCUGUAGGACUGAACAUCCUGUUACACAACAGGAAGAAACAGACUCAUCAAUACUCGGCUAGCACAGAGGGAAACCUUAGCAGGGCAGAAAACAACCCCGAUAUGCUCUGUGUGCGUCCUGUAACACACAUGGACGUCUUCACAAGCUCUUGAUCCACCUUCAUGUACUCGGAGUCUCUCUCUGCACUCAUAAACAUCUACAGAGAUUGUCACAGCUAUGUGGAAAGUAUCAUUUAAGCUUUGCUCUGCUUUUCCACUUUGUGUCACAGUCGACUGAACAUUUUUGGUCUCAUCUCAAAGGUUUGGACUCUCCGAACUGAACGCACAGAUGCCACAAGAUGAGACUAACUCAAUUUCACGGGCAAAGUCUUUGAGUGUUUGUUUUUAUAUUCAUUAUUUAUAAUAUAUCCAUUUUCAGCUAUUUGUCCAGUUCUAGUCAUUCCUCCAGACCCAGAGCUCGUGAGGUGAGAGGGUUUGAAUGUAGAUCAGUUUCCUGUCAGCCUAUCUCUUUUUAUAUAAUUAUACAUAAUUUUAACAUAAUUAAAGGUGCAAAGUGAUAUUUUUUCAGUCUGAAUAUCAAAACUGAGAAUGAAAGCAUUUGGAAUAUUUUCCAGUUUGCAUUUAAUUACGUCUACUUGCAUCUUUCUCUUAACUUUAUACUAGAGCCUCUUCUAAACUUUACUUCACGUUCAGUCUUAAAUGAAAGGGGAGCGGCUACAGUGUCGAUGAGCCUGUGUUUGGUCACGGUGCAGGAAGUUGAGCUCAGCAGACAGGAAGUUAAUGGAUCUCUGAACAGGGUCUAGACCGUUUAUCUGUGCUUUAAGACAAAUCUUAGUACCAGUUCUGAUGUUUUUGUCCCCCUUUCCCGCUCCCUACGCCCCC